AAAGCAAACCCAGUGAGUGCGGGAAGCCCUCAGCAGGUGAGGGCAGCGUCUGUGGAAAGAGAAACAGGGAACUUUUCAAGUCCGAGACCCUUCCGUUAGACCUGGGAGAGAGCAAAAGCAACUUGCAGAGAGGAUCCAACAAACAGAAGAUCAUUUCAUGGGAAUCUCAAACACAACAUCAGCAAAUUCACACUGGGGAGAGGCCGUUCACCUGCUCUGAGUGUGGGAAGGGAUUCACUCAGUCAUCCCACCUGCUGACACAGCAGCGUGUUCAUACUGGGGAGGGACCAUUCUCCUGCUCAACGUGUGGUAAUGGAUUGGCUCAGUCAUCCAGCCUGAUGACGCACCAGCGAGUUCAUGCCGGGGAAAGGCCAUUCUCAUGCUCAGAGUGUGGGAAAGGCUUUGCUCAGUCAACCACAUUGCUGACGCACCAGAGAGUUCACAGUGGGGAGAGGCCGUUCUCCUGCUCAACAUGUGAGAAAGGAUUCACUCAAUUAUCCAGCCUGAUGACACACCAGCAAGUUCACAGCGGGGAGAGGCCAUACACCUGCUCCGAGUGUGGGAAGGGAUUCACUCAGUCGUCCGGCCUGAUGAGACACCAGCGAGUUCACACCGGGGAGAGGCCGUUCUCCUGCUCAACGUGUGGGAAAGGAUUCACUCAGUUAUCCAGACUGAUAAUACACCAGCGACUUCACACUGGGGAGAGGCCGUACACCUGCUCCGAGUGCGGGAAGGGAUUCAUUCGGACGACCCACUUGCUGAGGCACCAGAAAGUUCACACCGGGGAGAGGCCGUUCAUCUGCUCGACAUGCGGGAAGGGAUUCACUGAGUCAUUUGAGCUGCUGAUACACCAGCGAGUUCACACCGGGGAAAAGCCGUACACCUGCUCCGAGUGUGGGAAGGGAUUCACUCAUUCGUCCGAUUUGCUGACACACCAGAGAGUUCACACUGGGGAGAGGCCGUACACCUGCUCCGAGUGUGGGAAGGGAUUCACUCAGUCAUCUCAGCUGCUCAUACACCAGCGGGUUCACACCGGGGAGAAGCCGUACACCUGCUCCGAAUGUGGGAAGGGAUUCACUCAUUCAACGCAUUUGUUGAGACACCAACAAGUUCACACUGGGGAGAAGCCGUACACCUGCUCUGAGUGUGGGAAGGGCUUCACUCAGUCGUCCGGCCUGAUGACACACCAGCGAGUUCACACAGGGGAGAGGCCGUUCAUCUGCUCGACGUGUGGGAAGGGAUUCUCUCAGCCAUCCUACUUGAAGACACACCAGCGAGUUCACACCAGAGAGAGGCCCUUUACCUGCCCUACAUGUGGCAAGGGAUACACUACGUCAUCCAGUCUGGCGAGGCACCAGCGAGUUCACACUGGGGAGAGGCCGUACAAAUGCUCUGAGUGCGGGAAGGGAUUCAGUGAUUCAUCCCAUUUGCUGAGACACCAGCGAGUUCACACUGGGGAGAAGCCGUACACCUGCUCCGAGUGUGGGAAGGGAUUCAAUCAGUUAUCCAACCUGAUGACGCACCAGCGAAUUCACACUGCGGAGAAAGAUUAAACAUGCUGUAUGCUCAAUAUACAACCAUCACUGCUACUGAAAUCUAGCACAGAUUCACAAGUGUUGCAGGUGUUCACGGGGGUCGGAUUCUGUCGACGCUGCUGAUCUCGCCCAGGAUUGAAACCUGGGUGAUUGGGCACAGUUGAUUUGUAAUCUCUUUAACUGAGCUGGAGUUCAAUGUUCUGGAUCUCUGAUU